AUGCAGAUCCAGGUGAAGAUUUUCUCGAGGUCCGCCCGACCGGCCUACCGACUGACUUUUCUUUCUCCAAGCCCAAUUACAUCCCCUCUUUUGCCUAGGAGCACCGCGAGAAGUAGCAUCAGGCCCAACAAUAGCCGCGCGUUGUCCACCAUUUCGUCUUCCCGUCACCAAAGCAAUAGCCAAGAUCAACUGCCCAACAUGGCGCCGAAAUCAAAAUUCGAGCUCAAGACCCCGAAGGGCACCAAGGAUUGGUUCGGCAAGGACAUGCUUAUCCGCGAGAAGAUCUUCUCGCAGUUGAAGGGCGUCUUCCAGAAGCAUGGUGGCAUGGAGCUUGAUACCCCCGUUUUCGAGUUGAAGGAGAUUCUGUCUGGCAAAUAUGGCGAAGACUCGAAGCUUAUCUACGACCUGGCCGAUCAGGGUGGUGAGAUUACGUCCCUGCGAUAUGACUUGACCGUCCCCUUUGCGAGAUGGCUCGCCAUGAACAAGGACAUCCAGAGCGUCAAGCGCUACCACAUCUCAAAGGUCUACCGCCGUGAUCAGCCUGCCAUGAACAAGGGCCGCAUGCGCGAGUUUUACCAGUGUGACUUCGACAUUGCCGGUACCUACGACUCCAUGAUUCCCGACGCCGAGAUUAUCCGAAUUGUCGUCGAGGUCUUUGAGGGCCUGGGCUGGAACGGAAAUUACACCAUCAAGCUCAACCACCGCAAGAUCCUCGACGGCAUCUUUGAGGUCUGUGGCGUGCCCGAGGAUAAGAUCCGGACGAUAUCCUCGGCCGUCGACAAACUUGACAAGCUCCCCUGGGCCGACGUACGCAAGGAGAUGACCGAGGAGAAGGGCCUGGACGGUGAGGUGGCCGACAGAAUUGGCGAGUGGGUAGUUCAGAAGGGUAAGCAGGACCUGCUUCGGAAACUGCAGCGCGACGACAAGCUCGCUGCGAACGCUUCGAUGAAGGCCGGCAUGGCCGAUCUCGAACUCCUUUUCACCUACUUGGAGGCCUUUGGCGCCCUCGAUCGGGUGUCAUUUGACCUCUCCCUCGCCCGUGGGUUGGACUACUAUACUGGUCUCAUCUACGAAGUUGUGACAGAAGGAUCGGCACCGGCCGCUGCUUCUGACGCGGAUGGCAAGACGGUGAAGCCCAAAAAGAAGAGCAAGAACAAAGACGACGACGACCGUUCUGACGAUCCAAGCGUCGGCGUUGGCAGUGUCGCAGCCGGAGGGCGCUAUGACAACCUCGUGGGCAUGUUCUCUGGCAAGACGCAAAUCCCGUGCGUUGGUGUCUCCUUUGGCAUCGAGAGAAUCUUCAGCAUCACCAAGGCCCGGAUGCAGGCCGAGAGCGAGGCGCCACAAAGUACGGUCGACGUCUUCGUCAUGUCCCUAGGCUCCAAGGCUGGUCUGAUCAAAGAGAGACUCGAGGUCUGCUCGAAGCUGUGGGAUGCCGGCGUCAAGGCCGAGUUCCUCUACAAGGUCAAGCCCAAGCUGCCGCCGCAGUUCAAGGCGGCUGAAUCCAACGCAACUCCCUUUGCCAUCAUCCUCGGCGACGACGAGGUCCAGAAGGGCGUCGUCAGGAUCAAGGAGUUGGGUCUGCCCGAGGGCCACCCUCAGAAGGAUGGCGAGCUCGUCGACAUGGCAUCGCUGGUGCCCGAGGUGCAGAAGCGCCUGUCGCGGAAGCGCGAGCUCGACAACCUUGCUACACGAGCCGAGGGCCUGAGGGUCGUGGGCGGCAUGAAGGGUGAGGACAUCAAGUCCACGACGGCGCCGUCGGAGGAGGACAACAAGGAGAAGGAGAAGGCCGUGGAGACGCCUGCUACUGGUGCUGCUGCCGAGGCACCCGUCGCUGCUGUCGCGGAAGGAGAGAAGCUCGCGGCGGCGGAGGCAGCGGAAGAGAGCAAGCCCGCACCGAGCGCAUAA